CAAUGUGAUCAGUGCUUGCUCAAAUCUGCGACCGGUAACAACUUGUUGAGCAAACGCGUAUAUUUAAAUUAUUGUAGCGCGUAGAGUGGCACACGAAAUUGUUUUGGCGUAUUUUCCAAGUGAGCAGUGCCCAACAUUAGUUAACAAAUCUCAGAAAAUAUAUCAAACAAUUAACAGGUACUCAUACAUAAAUAUGUACUCAAGCAUACUUCUGCUUGUCGCGUGUAUUUAAAAGUUUAUUUGUGGAAAUAAAACGUUCAUUUAUGAGAGCGUAUAAACUACUGUAUAUACAUAUGUACAUAUAAGCGUACAUACAUAUGUAUUUAUUAUUAAAGUUUAAUAUUACUUUAUUGUUAUUGGAUCAUUAUGUAGAAACUUAUAACAAACCAAUAAUUAAGUUGCCAAACCGAAAACUGAUUAGUUCAGACAGCCUGUUAUUGAAACGAAUAACUGUGCAAGAAUUUCACUGUGAGGUUGUAUGUCUGAGCUAAGUUUCCUCUUCGUUGAGAGCUCAAAUAUAAGGACAGCUCCACUAUGUUCAAAGCUGUCAAAAUCAAGUCAAGAUUAUUAAUGGGCUUGAAAACUGCUCAUGCGGAUCUGACAAUUGCGAAGUUAAUACACUUUUAUGGUCCAACGUAUGCCGACAGCAACAUUUUUAAUAUAGAUGACUACAAAUCAUUGUUAGAAGAUUCUAACUUCUCUAAAACAAAGAAUACAGUACUAUAUAUACAUGGUUAUCUUGAGGACGCGGACAUUGAGAGUGUACAUGUGAUUGUGGAUGCGUAUCUUCAACGAAACGAUGUCAAUCUAAUUAUAUUGGAUUGGGGUGAAUUAGCCAAUGGAAAUUAUAUGUUUGACGCUGUAGUCAAUUGUAAGCAGCUUGCGUCCGUUUUGGCGAGAAAUUUAAUUGCCAUGUUUGAGAUGGGCUUGGACAUAGACAAGUUUCAUAUAGUAGGACAUUCACUAGGCGGACAAAUGGCUGGCAUAAUCGGACGAGAAGUGUUCAGGCGUAACGGAAAAACGAAAAAACUUCCCAGGCUUUCAGCAUUAGAUCCUGCAUUUCCUUUAUUUUAUGGAACGUUCUCGUAUCAUUUGAGUAAACAUGAUGCAGAAUUUGUUGAUGUAAUCCAUACUGACGCCUGGAUAUAUGGGGCUCCGGUAAGUACUGGGACCGCAGAUUUUUGGCCCAAUGGUGGUACGACAUUACAACCCGGCUGCCCGAAAAGAAAUUAUAAGCUUCUUUCAGAUAACGAUUUAUCUAGUCAUCGCCGAUCUUGGUGGUUUUGGGCCGAAAGCGUCAAGAAGGAAUUCCCGCACCAAUUUUAUGCUGUUAAGGCAAAGAACUGGGCCGAUUUUAAAAAUGGCAAAUACGUCGAUAAUGAGGAGCAGCGUGUUGUGAUGGGUCAUGACUGCCCCACGAACAUUACUGGAGACUAUUAUUUACAAACUAAUGGCAUACAACCUUAUGCAAGAGAUAUAGCUGGCAUAACCUAUGUUCAUCCUGCAAAACUGGUUGGAAACAGUCCCACGGAGAAUGAAGGCGUUGAGCCGUCGAAAACAUAAUACUUAGAUCUUCUGCUAGUAUUAGUAUAUGUCCAACAAUUCUCAUUUUGUAUAUAAUCGUGUAAAUAUUUUAAUGUGUAUCAUUUAAUAACUUAUAUGUAUGUAUGUAUAUAUUUACAUUUUUACAUCGCGAAUUUUGGCAUAACUUUUUAUAUACAUAAAUCUAACUAUGUCACAUUUCAAAAAAAAAUUAAAAAUAUUUUAAUUAUUUUUAGUUAGUCGGCUAUGUUAGCGGUGAUCCGCCUUCAAAGCUCGAUAUUUUAAAAACAAAUAUAAAUGUAAACUUCGAUUGCACCGUUGCUACAGUACCCUUCACAAAUAUAAAGUUUCCAUACAAGAACUUGAUUUAGAUCUGUCAGUUUGUAUGGCAGCUUCAUUCUA